AGGGUAGACCAUGGCGGUACCAGUGUGCUCACUGCCGACCAACAUGAACAGCACCGACAAGCUGAAAGUGAUACUUCUCUGCGGCCUGGUAUUAUCGGUCGCAGCUGAGGAUAAGAAAGAAUCCAAGUCCAGCGCCCAGCCCAAGGAUGAGAAAUCAAAACGCGGAUUGGAGCUGAGCUUGGGCGAUCAUGGCGGCUUCGGAGGCGGUUUCGAAGGUCAUAGCUUCGGCGGUCUGGGUGGCGGUCUGGGUGGUGGUCAUGGCGAGAUCAUCUCCACCGAUCACGUCAAGGCGGUAACGGUCACGAAGCACGUGCCGGUGCCGCACCCGUAUCCGGUUGAGGUCACGAAACACGUGCCCUACCCGGUGAAGGUGCCGGUCAAAGUACCCGUCGAUCGUCCGUACCCGGUUCACGUACCACAGCCUUAUCCGGUCGAGGUCACGAAGCACGUGCCCUACACGGUUGAGAAGCCGGUGCCUUAUCCGGUGAAGGUACCGGUGAAGGUGCCCGUCAAAGUGCCCUACCCAGUCAAGGUACCGGUCAAGGUCCCGGUCGAGGUGUCAAAGCCGGUGCCCUAUCCCGUUAAGGUGCCCGUAGUCGUCAAGGAACCUUAUCCCGUAGUCGUUAAAGGUCACGACGAGGGCGGUUUCGGCGGCGGUUUUGAGGGCGGAUUUGGCGGUCACGACUUCGGCGGUCACGAUUUCGGUGGAUAUCAUUAGAGCAUUAAGACAAAGUUACCACAAGAAAGAGCGAAGACUUCAUUGUUUUUCUCUUUCGGUAAACGGCUCGCGGCGCGAGAUUAGAAUAGGAGCUCCAAUUCAAGAGAGAUCGAUCGUCGAGGGUUCGAGAUUACAAUCGGCGGAACGACCAGAUUGCUACGCGACGUCAGAAGUCAAUGCGACGCAUCGAUAUUGUAUUUUCAAUGUGAUCCCAUUAUGGAAUUGUACUAUACACCUUGUAAAUGUAAACACAAAUAAAGUAUUUUUUUUAUACUACGUAA